GCGAGCUCGCAAGCGAGGGGUCAGCUAAAAAGCGCAGAGGGACUACAACGCAUCGCUAGCUCGAAUGAAGCACAUCAACCUGUCCUUUGCAGCAUGCGGGUUUCUGGGCAUUUACCACUUGGGGGCAGCAUCGGCACUUUACAGACAUGGCCGAAAGCUCCUGAAGGAUGUCAAGGCCUUUGCAGGGGCUUCUGCGGGAUCCUUGGUUGCUACCGUCCUACUAACAGCACCAGAAAGAAUAGAGGAAUGUAAUGAGUUUACCUACAAGUUUGCCGAAGAAAUCCGAAGGCAGUCUUUUGGGGCACUCACACCCGGCUAUGAUUUCAUGGCCCGAUUGAGAAGCGGAAUGGACUUGAUUCUCCCUGCCAAUGCUCAUGAGCUGGCCCACGACCGACUGCACGUAUCUAUCACCAACACGAAAACCAGACAAAAUUACCUGGUCUCAAAGUUUUCCUCCAGGGAGGACCUUAUUAAGGUUCUCCUGGCUAGCAGCUUCCUGCCCAUUUACGCGGGCCUGAAACCAGUGGAGUACAACGGGCAGAAGUGGGUGGAUGGAGGCCUCACCAACAGCCUUCCCAUCCUCCCUGUCGGCCGGACGGUGACCAUCUCACCCUUCAGUGGACGACUGGACAUCUCCCCGCAGGACAAAGGGCAGUUGAAUGUGUACGUUAAUGUCGCCAAACAGGACAUGAUGCUGUCUGUGGCUAACUUGGUGAGGCUGAACCAAGCCCUUUUUCCACCAAGCAAGAGGAAAAUGGAAUCUCUGUAUCAACAUGGCUUUCAUGACGCCCUUAAGUUUUUACUUAAAGAAAAUUGGUUUGAAUAGAAAGCUUCAAAGUUUAUGAUGUAAAACAGAUUUCACGCCUUUUUUUUUUCUCAUUUUUAUCCACAUGGCUUUUGAUGGAUGUUUCUAAUUAAAUCCCUUUUUU